CACCAACCCAACCCGUUGUGUCCCAACCAUAUCACCCGUCGCUAACCUCGAGUAGCCAAAGUGGGAAGACGGCAAAAAAUGACAAACUCCAACCGGAUUCCCAGAACUCGACGCUUUUGUCUCAACUGGCCUUGAUAUUUCAACACCCCAGUAAUCUACUGCCUGGAAAGGAAACCAUCUUGACCAUAGAAGGUGCCACCAAUCCCCCAACAUUACAGACACCACACAGCAGGGAAAUACAUCUGAGCAUGCAGGGAGGUGUUCAGACUCUGAUGAUUGUCAAUGACCAGUGCCCAGAAAUUUUAGGCAGCACAGAAGAUUCAAAUCUCACCUGUGUUAAAAAUUUAAUUUCGGAAGACUCUCCACUAAAUCAACUGAUGCCAUCAGAUUUUAUGAACUGCUUUCAAGUGACUGGCGGGUUUGGAAACAUAAGAGCGGACACCGCUGAGGUGGCGCACAUACAGAAUCAUCCAACUGUUACUGCCGCAACU